CGCGUCUGACGUGGUGGUCUGUCGACCGAUUUUUUGACAACACGGCGAAACUGCGAACGAAAGUAACCAAAAAUCUCAAAUACCUUUCUUAUCUUAGUAAUAUUAUAAAUAAAUAAAAAUGCUUGACAGUUUAUUUGACGAUGUGAAGCGCAUGAACAAGCGGCAGUUUAUCUACCAAGUUUUAAGUUUUGGCAUGAUAGUGUCUUCAGCACUUAUGAUAUGGAAGGGUUUAAUGGUGGUAACUGGCAGUGAGAGUCCUAUCGUGGUGGUUCUUUCUGGUAGUAUGGAACCUGCGUUCCACCGAGGAGAUUUGUUGUUCCUUACCAACUACCCUGAGGAACCCGUGAGAGUCGGAGAGAUCGUCGUCUUUAAGGUGGAGGGGCGAGACAUUCCUAUUGUUCACCGAGUUCUGAAGUUGCAUGAAAAAAACAAUGGAACUGUGAAAUUCCUCACCAAAGGGGAUAAUAACAGUGUGGACGAUCGGGGUCUGUACGCACAAGGACAGUUAUGGCUGACUAAAAAGGAUGUAGUUGGACGUGCCAGAGGUUUCUUGCCUUAUGUUGGAAUGGUCACAAUUUAUAUGAACGAAUACCCUAAGUUUAAGUUUGCUGUGCUAGCGUGUCUAGCUAUUUACGUGUUGGUGCAUCGAGAGUGAGAUGCACAUGCAAUUGUUCGCCAAAGAUGAUGGACGGAGUAACAUUUGGCUCUAUGGAUGUAUUUAAUUUUAUGAAUAAAUGAAGUUCUCUCUUCUAGUGUUA